CAUUUAUCAUUAUAAUUUCAAUACAAUAGUAAUAAUUACAAUAGAUUUUCAUUAUAGUGCUACCCAUCUUAUCACCAGUAAAACAUUCUGUGUGCACAGAAACAAAGAAUAAAGUGAGGAUGAACAGAAAUGUUGGAGUGUGUGUGUGUGGGGGGGGUUAUGGGUGAAAAGGAGAGAGAAGCAGGUAUAAAACCUGACAGAGCAUCAGGCAUCACACACAUGAAUACACCUCCAGAGACUAGAGACAAACAGACAGACGAAACAAGAAAAGGGGUGUUAAGACAAAUCUUACAAGGUAAGAAACUGAUUUUUCUACAAAAAAAAUUUAAUCGUGAAACCAAAAUGAUUACAAAUCACCAGCAAAUUUAUGUGAGAAAUUUCGGUUAUUAUAUACAUUAUUAUACAAAUAUUGGUAAAACUUUACACUAAGGUUGUAUUGGUAAAAAUUUGCAAAUGCAUUAUAGAAAUAGUUAUUUAGCAUUUAUUAAUCUUUGAUACUAGUGAAUACCAAUGUUUUGUGUUGUUUAAUUAACUGUAACAAACACAACGUUUUUGGAAAGUGUUACUGAAAUAUUAAUGAAAAGUAAUGUCGAAAAUCAUUUUAAAAUGUUAAUGUAGCUGACAAAAGCUCGCUUGAGAUAGCACGCAUACUCAAAAUUCGGAUUUAGGAUGGUCUUUUCUAGCUGCAUUUAAUAAACGGUAAAAGAAAAACACCGCUUUAAUUGCUUUUUAGCUUUAAAUAAAAAAAUAAGAUGUAGUAAAUAAGAUAAUAAACAAACAGCAAAUAAGGUGCAUAUAUGUAUUAGAAAAAUAUUUUGAAAUAAUUACUAAUAAAAUGACUAACAACUAUACUUCAUUAGGCCUACUAACUAAUACCAAAACACAUCAUUUCAUUUAAUAUAACAUUUACAAUAUAAUAUUUAAUAUUAAUACAAUAUAUUGUAAUUUAACACAACACCACGAAGUAUUGAUGUUUUGAAAGGUACUGUAAUAAAAAAUUUUACUAUAGGUGAUCCAAUUUACAAGCUUUUAUAAACACAACAGUGUCACCAGUAGCUCACAUAACUGAACCCUGUAAUUCAAAGAUUUAAGAAUGAGGGUGCACUUGCUCAUUUGUUUCCCCUUAGACAUGCAGACAACAGAGAUGAAGGUUUUACUGGCUGUGUUUUGUGUGGUUAGCAUUCUCCAGCCCUGCCACGCAGUCUCUAGCAGUGGAGAAUGCUACUUCAAUGCGAAAGCCAGCUGUGAACACAAGGGUCGUGUAUUUGACAUUGGAGAGAUGUGGAUCAACGACGAAUGCUUCCAGUGUGUGUGUUUUGAACCUUUUGGAGUGGGCUGCUGUGAACAUGGAAAGCAGCCAGUAGAUUACCCGCCCUGGUGCGAAGUUGUUAGAAAGCCAGAUUCCUGCACCGUCGCUGUGGUGAUGAAGGCCAACCAUAAACUGCCCUGUCUGUUCGGAGGAAAGAGCCGUUUGAGAUCAGAAGGGCUGCUGUGGAAAUCCGAUAAUGACGCUCUCUUCUAGACCGCAUUACUGAACUCUUAGAUGUAAACGGUUCUUUAUUAACACAAUAUGGAAUAGUUUUGCGUAGAAAGAAACCUGACAUGCUCUCAUCAUGUUUGACGAUUGUUUGAAACUGGACAACGCUUCCUAAGAUACAUUACCGGAAAAAAAUAAAAUACGAUUUCAGUAUUUGGUAUUCAGUGUUUGGUAUUCAGUGUUUGGUACAUGCCCAGCUUGAUUUGAGGACUUGGAACAUUGUGCGUGCAUAUCUGACCUGAAGAGGGCACGCGGUCAAUGUAAAACAUUUGCUUAUUUGAUUUGAAUAGUGCAAAAGGUUAUCAUUCCUUUUACUUUUUUCAUAACACUACAACAUUAGAUUUAAAGUACAUUUUGUGAAUCUCAGACCUGCAACGUGUGCCGUCUUUUGGACUACUCUGUAUGUGACAGACAACAAAAGAAGGGUAACUAACACUAAAUAGUAUUGAUAGCUACUCAAAAUCUGUGAAUUCUGCAUCUACAAAUAAAUAUCAGUAACUUUCUAAAAAUGUCUACGGUCUUCGCUUAAAAAAAAAAAACCCCAAAAAGAAACACUUGAGUGACAGUAAAAAUCAUGGUCUUUAUUUUUUAAAAAGAAUUUAGCCAUCAUUACACAAGAUACAGACAGUAACAAAGUGAUUACACGUCAUUGUGGGCUCUUUCCAGUUAAAACUAUGUGUUCACCCAUUAAAUCCAUAUACUAUUAAGUGUUACAUUUCGCUCCCAUUUACUGUGUUCAUAAUACAUUAUUUAGAUCUGCACGGCUUUGAGGACCUUCAAAUCUGGCAGUGACACUGACUUGAACUCGCGGUAAAGAAAAAAACUUUAAUCUUCGACCUUCCCUGGGUAGAGUACGGCUCUUUAAAGCAAACAAAACAGGCCACCAUUCAGAGUGCAUAAGGAAACCACGACGUAGCCCCCUCUGCUCACAGGACGCCCACCAUAAGCCCACAACAGUGCAGCAUUUCAAAUAGUGGUUUGAAAAAGAUUUGUGUUAAAAUGCUGGGGGGGUUAUCCCAAACCAAAAAAAUACAUAUAUUACUCAAACUCCAAACAAGCAAAUGCUUUCAAUAAAAAAAAAGAACAAAAACGAUGGUCAGCCCGGCAUGGUUGUGCAUACUGAUACAGACCACAUGGUGUGGUUUUGGUCCCAAAACCUGCGACACCAGGCAGCGGAAACAUGUGCAGAAUGAACAGUGAAGAGGAAGAUGAGGAGAGUGGGGGGGAGCACCAGACACAAGCUUCAAUAUCCUUGUUCAUAGAAACAGCCUGAAUUUGGCUAUCUGGUGAUCAAAAGCCAGUCGGGAAAAGACCGGGAGAUGAGGAAAAACGUGGCAGUUUUGGUUGGAUUAGACAUUUGCCACUAAUGCAAAGCGCUGGUCAUUAAACUCCCAAAAAACAACACCCCAACAUAACAUCAAAACGUCUACAGUGUACGGUUUUAGAGAUGCAAUAACUUACGUCACUGUUUCGGAGGAGAUGUGAAACAUAUCAAGUGCUCCUAAAAAUUUGAAGUACUUUUAAAUCGAGAGGCACCGCUUUUUGCUAGUAGGCUUGGUGAGCUCUACCCCAUAUGAAAACAUGGUCGAAGAAAAUAUAAGAGGGGAAAUAGGGAAUAGGGAAAGAAAGCAAAUGAGAUGAGAA